AUGGCGCCUGCCCCAGCACCCAUUGCUCCUCCACCGCAAAUGCAGGUCCGCCCGCCAGUGCAAGUAGGUGGCCAGCAGCCCGUUGUCGUCCGUCCGCCACCAAUGGCUGGUCAGGCCACACCUUCCCCCGCUACGCCUACCGGCCCCGCGCCUCUGCCGCAAACGACGAUUGCCCAGCUUGCGGCCUUCUUCGCUGCGACCAACCACCAGGCUCUGGUAGCUCAGGCAGUCAAAGCCGGAACUACUCCUCCCCAGCCCAUCACGCAAUUGCAAGCUCAGCACCAGUUCCUCGCAUUGCAGCCUCAGCAGCAGCGCCAGGUUCAGGCCAACUUCAUUGCUCGGUCACGUCUAGCGCAGCAACAACCACAAGCGCCUCAGCGCCCUGUGCAACUGCAGGUCCACCCGUCACUCAUGCCGGGGUCGGGUCCGCCACAGCAGCCUCCUGCUCGUCGCGGCUCUCCGGCGCAGCCGAACGUGACAGGCGGUACCCAGCAGCAGCCACCGCAGAGCCAGCCACCAGCCCCUCCGGCUGCACCGCCUCGUUCCAAGGCCAGCAAGGAGUCCGCUAAGCGCCUUCGUGUUGAAGUGCCAGAGGUCAAACCCCCUCCUCCGCCUCCACCUCCUGUUUCGCACCUUACGGCCAUCGUUCGCUCUGCCAUUGCUCCCCGCUUAGGCGAGCAAGAUGAGGACGCUGCCGCCGAGGCUCGUCGCCGCGCUGGCAAGGACGACGGGUUCCGCGGCUCCAUGCGAGGCGAGAUCGCUCGCCUGAUGUACGCCUCUGGCGAUGUCGUGGAGCCAGACGUUGACUCGGUCGACUAUGUCGAGGACUUGGUCAUGGAAUUUGUGGCUGAUCUGUGUCGGCCCAUUCAGCCGAUGCGUGUCACUACCGCUUCCGCACACUCGGCUGUUCCUCUCACCGCCGAUGUUGUUCGCCAUCGUCUUGCCACGCACUCGUACCUUCGCAAGUACUUGUCGCGUUGGGAUGAUAUGACGUACAUGUCCGCCGAGCUCUUGGCCUCGAGGCGUGUCGCUGCUCCCUCUCACGCGGACCUCAUCGAGUCCGUCGGCAAGCAGUUCCUCGGUCUCGACGAACAAGAGGCGGGAAACGCCAAGCGUCGUGCCAACAACGCCGAUGCCGGCGCUGAGAUUGACUCGGUCAAGCGUCGUGGGCGCCCGCCCAAGAACCCCGAAGAGCGCAAGAAGCCUGGUCCCAAGAAGGGUUGGAAGAAGAACAUCGACCCCAACGCACCGCCCAAGAAGCGUGCUACACGGCCCUACAAGAAGCGUGACAGGCCCAUGAGUGUUUCUGUGGCUCCGUCGCCGACCAAGCAACCCCCAAUGUGA